CAAAGAGAAAGCAAGAAUGUCAGCCAAAUACAGAGGCCGAGUUUCAAUCCCCCAAAUUCGGCUCAUCUCUGCAUCUUCCUCCACAAGCACGAAGAACACCAACAGAAAAUCAGAGUCAAAAUGUCCUUCACGAUUCGACUUCAGUUCACCACAACCCAUCUAAGCCCCAACGGCAGUCCGGAAGCCCGAAGAAAACCCCACCAGAAAGCGAAACCCAUCUACCAUUCCAAUCAGUUGGCCAAGUCUCUGGUUGUCCGGAGAAUGUGCUCCGUUGGGUCGUCGUCCGGCGGCGCCUUGGCUGCGCGGAGCUCGCUGAUAGACCCCGACGGCGGCGCGCUGGUGGAGCUGGUGGUGCCGGAGGGCGAGAGAGGGCUGAAGGCUCGGGAGGCGGAGGCAAUGGCGAAGGUGAGGUUGACGAGGAUUGAUCUGGAGUGGGUCCACGUGCUUAGCGAGGGUUGGGCGAGCCCAUUGAAGGGUUUCAUGAGGGAGAAAGAGUAUUUGCAGAGCCUGCAUUUCAAUUGUUUGAGAAUGGGAGAUGGGUCUCUCGUGAACAUGUCGUUGCCGAUUGUUCUCGCCAUUGACGACGAGGACAAGGAGAGAAUUGGGGCGUCUGUUGAUGUUGCGCUGGUCGGACCCGACGGCGAUUUAGUUGGUGUUCUUAGAAGCAUUGAAAUAUACAAGCAUAACAAAGAAGAAAGAAUAGCAAGAACUUGGGGAACAACUGCUCCAGGGUUACCCUAUGUAGAGGAGACAAUCACUCCAGCUGGGAAUUGGCUUGUUGGUGGUGAUCUUGAAGUGUUAAAUCCUAUCAAAUAUAAUGAUGGUCUUGACAACUAUAGGCUAUCACCCAAACAACUCCGAAAUGAAUUUGACAAGCGCCAAGCUGAUGCAGUUUUUGCUUUUCAGCUGAGGAAUCCCGUGCACAAUGGUCACGCUUUGCUGAUGAACGAUACACGCAGGAGGCUGUUGGAAAUGGGGUAUAAGAAUCCAAUUCUACUACUUCAUCCAUUGGGAGGUUUUACAAAGGCUGAUGAUGUCCCUUUGGAUGUUCGUAUGGAACAACAUAGCAAGGUUCUAGAAGAUGGAGUUCUUGACCCCGAGACUACUAUCGUGGCCAUAUUUCCGUCACCCAUGCAUUAUGCUGGUCCAACAGAAGUACAAUGGCAUGCCAAGGCACGAAUUAAUGCAGGUGCAAAUUUCUACAUUGUGGGUCGUGAUCCAGCGGGGAUGGGUCAUCCUAUAGAGAAGAGGGAUUUAUAUGAUCCAGACCAUGGGAAGAAAGUGUUAAGCAUGGCUCCUGGCUUGGAAAAGCUAAACAUAUUGCCAUUCAGGGUGGCAGCAUAUGACACAGUGGGAAAACAAAUGGCAUUUUUUGAUCCUUCCCGGGCUAAAGAUUUUCUGUUCAUUUCUGGAACUAAGAUGCGGACAUAUGCAAGAAAUGGUGAGAACCCUCCUGAUGGUUUUAUGUGCCCAAAGGGUUGGGAGGUCCUGGUCAAAUAUUACAAGAGCCUGCAAACUGAAGAGAUUGCACAGGACAAACCAGCUGUUUUAUCCAUGUAGAGACAUAAUUUCAUGCUGUUUCAUUAACUUAUUUCUAGCAGGAGCAGGAAGGGGAAUUGACAAUGAGGUCUGUAGGAGGCCGAGAUAGUUGUGUCACUCAAUAGAUUGGAAAUUGGCUAUAGCAAUUUUAGUUGAGUGCUUCUUUUAUUUUAAUCCUGAUGGUUGAGAUGCUCUGCUGUUUGUGUUGAACUUGUAACAUUAAUGAUUUAUUUGCUAUUCAUUGUUUGAAGAAAGAUAGUUAUACAUUAGACACAUAUUGAUUUGCUCCUAA